AUGCUUGUCUGGAUUUGUCUGAUUGUAGCAGCCGUGGUUUCCUUCGUCUACCAAGCGUGUAAUGCGUUGAGUGAAAAGGCGAGGUCAUCUCUCGGGAAAGGGGGCGGCGCACUUAGUUGCGACUCGGUCACACUAGCAAAUAGAUGGCCUCUGGGUAUCGACUUGUUAGUGAGGACGUUGAUUGCGUCUGAUGAACUCUGCGUGAUGGAGUUCUUCCUUGACAAUUUCCGCCGGUUUGGGAAUACCUUUCGACAGAUUAUCGGAUGGAAUGAGUCCCUUAUGACCGUCGACUCGGCGGUCAUCGAGGCUAUACUUCUGUCUAAUGCUAAGGAUUGGGGUUUGGGCUUUCGACGCACCAUUUUCUCUCCCCUGCUUGGAGAUGGCAUCUUUGUUCAGGAGGGUGAUGCAUGGAAACGUUCGCGCGAUAUUUUACGCCCACAUUUUUAUCAUCGUAACUAUGAAAGUCUAGAUAUCCUAAGACCGCACAUAGAUAACUUAUUACAAGUAAUUACUAGCAUGGCAACAGAUAUCAUCGACUUGGAGCCUAUAUUCUUCCGCCUGGCGCUCGACGUGACUACAGAAUUCCUCUUUGGAGAGUCUGUAAGAAGUCAGCGCUUAGACUCCAGUGUGGCAAGUCGGGAAUUUGAAGAGGCAUUCAAUCUGGCCCAGGCUAUCUCGGCUAAGAGACUUCGACUCCAGAAGCUACAUUGGCUUGUUGGCGGCAAGGAACUUCGAAAGGCAUGUGCUGUCAUCCAUCGGUUCGUAGACCGCGUGAUACACAAGGCUCUCAUAACUGGCGCCGAUAAAGAGUAUUCAGGAAGACCCCCUUUCCUAAGGAAUAUCGCGCAGUAUUACCCUGGACGAGACACGCUAAGGGGCCAUACUAUCAGUAUUCUCACAGCAGGAAGGGAUACUACGGCUACUUUUCUAUCGUGGACCUUCUUCCAUCUCGUGAGGCAUCCAUUAAUCAUGGCGAAACUCCAGUCGGAGAUAUCUCAGGUGGACGAGACUGUUGCCCCCUUAACGCGAGCAGAUCUGCUUCGAUUCACUUAUCUUCAAAACAUCAUAAAAGAAGUGUUAAGAUUACACCCUCCACUACCCCUGAUAUCUCGCACUGCACUUCGGGACACGAUACUCCCAGCUGGAGGAGGAUCUGACGGGAAGUCGCCUAUCCUCGUCCCGAAAGGAAUGAGCGUACUAUAUAGCGCCUACUGUAUCCAUAGACGACCCGAUCUCUACGGAAUGGACGCCGAAUUGUUCCGCCCUGAAAGAUGGGAUGAGGAGCCUCUCCGUUCUCACGAUACCACACAUCGUGGAUGGACGUUCCUACCUUUCGGCGGUGGUCCUCGGACUUGUCUAGGGAUGGAUUUCUCCUUAACCGGGGGCGCGUAUACUAUAGUGCGCAUCCUGCGGCGCUUCCCUUCCAUCAAACUGCCGGCCGGCGAGCGGAUACAAGUGUCGGGCAAGGAGAGACAGAUGGCAACGAUAUCUCUAAAGCCAGCUGAAGGGUGCAAGGUGGACCUAGGCAAGGGAUGA